AUGGUCACAGGUCUCUCGUACGAAGCUGUCGUCCACGAGCCGAACCGGCUGGAUCUGAACGUGUUAGUCGACGAUCCCUGUACAAUGCCCGGCAGCCUGAUCCUUGGGACUGCUUAUCCCGUUACCAUGCUCACGAUGUCAUCAUGUACACUCGUUACUUGUGUCGCCGUGUUCUUAUUUCUUAUAUUUCGGCAAUGCCGUGCCCAUCGCCGCUUUAAUCGCACCUGGUCAAAGCGGACGGUCAAUGUUUACUCUCCCACCCCAUCCAGAAAUAAGCGGCCAAACCUCUCUGUCUCGACCAAGUCGCUCGCUGACACCUACGGCACGCUCAAACACAAGCCAAGUUCAUCUUCUACUCUUUACGACAUAUCCGAAGAGCCGACCACGCCACUUGAUCAUACACCGACCACCCCGUGUCUCCAGUCUCCCAGCCCUCCGUACACGCCGCCAGGGCGCAUUUCCCUGCCCGAAAGCCCGACAAUGGCUUGCUUCGCUGGACCCAUCUCCUUCUGCCCCUCUCAGCGUUCGGAGACUGGCUUCCUUCCACUGAAGGCGUAA